AUGUCCAUCAUCUCUCGAGGAUCAAGAAGGGACGAACAUAAAAGGAAAAUAGUUGUCAUAAGACCGGUUCAUACAUCCGAGUUGGGUAAGACGAUAAAUUCCGUGAGACCUUCGGAGAGAGAGAGAGUUCACCGUGAGAGGCCUCUGGUUUGGGUCUCGCGGAACUAUCCCAAAAAGAACAAGGAGCUUCCUCGAGGUGUCGACAUUAAGGACGUAGCGAGGUUAGCUGAAAAUAUAGUCCUCGAAUCCCUGGGAAUCAUUCACCACCACGUGCAUGGCUAGCCCGAGAGUUUUAAUUUUUGUAUUUAUUUAUUUAUUUAAUGAAUAAUUGAAAACAAUAGAGAUAAAGAGGGAGAAGUGAGAGAAAGGGAAACUAAAUGUUAAAAAAAAACAAAAAAAAAAAAAACCUUUUUUUUUUUUUUUGUUUAUUUAAUGGAAUUUACAACUGUAUACAAAUACAACAAGUAAAUAUGCGCAAAUAUAAAUAAUGACAUGUACAGGCUUGAAGAGUU